UUUACACGAGAGCCUACAGCUGUUAGCCUGUUAGCAUGCUAGCCUGUUAGCAUGCUAGCCUGUUAGCACGUCAGCAGGUGUUGGUGGAGCAGGACAUGACUCGAGUGGAAGCAGAGGACGAGCUGCGGACUCUGGUGGAGUGUAAAUACGUGUUUCCAGAACAGACUGUGUUGGAUCUGCAGCGGGUUCGAACCCUUUACUCUGAUCUUCGACUCUAUGUGGAUUUUUAUUGUUUUCCAAACAAAGAGAAGAAGAAGCUGGUUUACUUAGCCGGGACACUUCCUGUUCACUAUGAAGGAAGUGUGUAUAAUAUCCCAGUGUGCAUCUGGCUUCAUGAGACCCAUCCAGUGUCCCGUCCUCGCUGUUAUGUCUGUCCCUCCGUCACCAUGCUGAUUAACCCGUCCUGUCGCUGUGUGGACGCCUCCGGCAACAUCAGUCUGACCCAACUCAAGAACUGGACACUUGGUGUGUCCAACCUAUCACUGCUCAUGUCAGAGAUGAGGCGGGCCUUCCAAGUCGACACACCCCUUUAUGCCAGGUGUCCCGAACAAGCCCUGCCCCUUGCCGAUGGAAGCCUCAACCAUAGCUCCACCCCCCCCUCCUCCAUCACCUCCCCCCUUCUGUCUGCACAGGAAGCCAGCCAAUGGGAGCAGAGCAGGGAGAUGAGGCUGAGGAAGUCGUACACUGAGGAGCUGCUGGGGAUCGACUUCAGUGCUCCUCCUUCCUCCUUCAGUGCUCCUCCUUCCUCCUUCAGUGCUCCUCCUUCCUCCUUCAGUGCUCCUCCUUCCUCCUUCAGUGCUCCUCCUUCCUCCUCUGAUCUGCUGAGCGCCACCUCCUCAGGUCUCCCUCCAGAGCCCCUCGGCAGGAUGAUGGGGGCUCUGAGGCUGGAUGAGUCAAGUAGAGACCAACAGAGUGACUCACCUGAAAGGAUUGUCCAAUCAGAGGCAGCGAGAGACCAGCACGGAGCGGGCUCUGGACCACAACCUGGACGUCAUCGGUCCACGUGUCCUCAGAGUCAGCGUGAAGCAGCAGCUGGAGGGGGCCACAUCCAGAUGGUGGACCAUCUCCCGCCAGACCAGGCGGCCAUCUUCCUGUCUCUAAUGAGGAUGGAGGGGCGUGGCUUCAGGCCCGGUGAUGUCAUGGAGGCGGUCCGACUCAACAGAGACCUGCCAUCAGCUCUCAGGUUCCUGACUCACUGCUGCCCCAUCUGCCAAGACCAGGUGACAUUCAGCAAGAUCAUCACCAUGACUCACUGCUCCUGCUUCCUGUGUCAGACUUGUUUCAAAACGUUUUUCUCAGCGGCUAUUAAAGAGCGAAGCGUCGACCAGCUGGUUUGUCCUCAGUGUGGCAGACCCGAGGUCAAAGGUCAGGGGGCGAUGGUAGAGUCCAUGGAAUACUUCAACCUUCUGGACACCCAGAUCCGUCACUUCCUGUCUCCUCAGGUUCAUGAACUCUUCCAGAGGAAACUCAGAGAUCGAGCUCUUCAGGAGAUGAAGAAUUUCUGUUGGUGUUCUCACUGUUCGUUCGGUAUACUUCAUGAAGCUGAGCGACUGAGGAUGGACUGUCCCAACUGUAAGAAGAGUACCUGCUCUCAGUGUAGAUCCCCUUGGUCCGGUCAUCAUGAGGGUCGGUCAUGUGAUCAGUUCAGACUGUGGCAGCAGCAGAACCAGUCAGACCAGGACACCCUGCUCCGCUCCAACAGCAUCGAGUGUCCUGGGUGUCUCUGUGUCUUCAGCUUGUCUCGAGGAGGUUGUCUUCACUUCACCUGCAGUCAGUGUCAGCAUCAGUUCUGUGGAAGCUGCAGUCGGACGUUCAGCCAGGGAGCGGUCUGUGGGUUCUCUGUGGACUGUGGGAACAAAGGUCUUCAUGCCCACCACCCCAGAGACUGCCUGUACCACCUGAGGGACUGGAGCGUGAGCCGCCUCCACCUGCUGCUGCAGUAUUACAGAGUGUCUCCUUCCUGGUUGGAAGCAGCCAAUGGCAGCUCAUCUGACAGCGGUCUGACAGGAGUGUGUUUGGUUUUGGAGCUGAGAGACCACGGCGGCGUGCGGGAGAAGCCAUGUGGACGAGCUGCUGAAUACAGAGGAUACUGCAGGUUGCACUAUAAGGAGCAUUUGGUGGAGUUGAUCCACUGUCGCCGUGCCGACCCGGCCGUCCUCUUUGAUGUGGCAGAGAUGACAGCCGAGCUGCAGCGCUCUCAUGUCGCCGUGCCGACCCGGAAACCCGAGGAACCGGAGCCGCUGUACGCUCAGCGUCUGCGUCUGACUCUAACGAAUCAAGUUCCUCUCAGGAAGCAACCACGCUCACCACUGAAACUCCACGACGACCUUCACCUCUGACCUCUGCUGUGACGACUGGAGGUCCGCCCCCUCCCAACACGCCACUCCAUUAAAAGCCAGUGUUCUGUCACCAUAGCAACCACUGACUGUGGUUUAGAGGUUUUGUUUUAAUGCCAGUGAUACCAUUGGUGACAUCCCCUGUCAGCUUCCCUCUGUGGCUUAUGAUUGGCUCACCCAGAGGACCAAAGAAAUUCAAGCAGCCAAUCAGAGUCUAGAAGUGCCAUUAACUUCAACAAGUUAAAUGUUAAUGAGCAGAGACAAUAUACUAAUAUACUAAUGAUGCUAACAAGCUUCUCAGUACACAGUGUGGUUUACAGUUAGCAUUUGUUAACAUUUGUGUGUUUUUAUUCUUCUGCACUGUUUCAAUAAAGGACAUAAUAAAUAUCUUUAAACAUAA